AUGUCGGUGUCGGUGACGCCGGGCUACGGCUCGCCGCCGCAGCUGUGCCACCAGGCCGUCAGCUCCGCCCCCACCGCCCCCACUGUGGUGGCGGCUCGGGCCAGCGUCGCGCCCGGGGGCGGCGUGUCGCACGGCGCCUUCUCCCCACUGCAGGCGCAGCUCCAGCACCACCAGGUCCAGAACAUGCAGCUGCAGGCGGCGGUGAAUGGCUACUCCCAGCUGGGUUCGACGCUCGUGGGGAGCCCGGGAGGCAGCUUCACUCCCAGCCCUGGAGGCGGUGGAGGCGGCUCUGGAGGCGGUGGGGGAGGAGACGGGUCACCCGGGGGUGGCAACCGGCUGGGGGCGGCUGUGACAACGGCACAGGAUGCUCGAUAUUCCUACUGGGCGGCCACAGCCGAUGGGGUUACCUUGAAAGAGGAGCCAGCUGCCACAAUAUCCUUCGACUUCACAUCGGCGAGGCCCAAGUGCUACAUGUGAGCGGGGGACCCGGUCUACAGCCCCCUCUGUGUCGCCCGGGGGAAGCAGCGCCAGCUGCCCAACCUGAUGGAGCAUUGAGGAAGGCGAGACAAGAUGGCGCACACUGGCGAACCAGCCAGCUUCCGAAGACUGCCGCUAGAGCUGGGCACGUGUCGCUCUAUGGAGUCUCGAACACAUUACUCUGCCACAGAGGAAAAUAGGGAGAGAAGAGGACACGCUGACAUGGACGGCACUUCCUCCAGUCCUAUGUGGCGGUGACAAUCGUUCUCUCCAAUUGUUGCUUUCCGUAUUUGUUCGUGUAAUUUUCUACUUCCCGAACAGUUCCAUGUUUGCAAUCACACAUACCUGAAGUAGAAAAUAUCCAGUUCAGUCAGGUGCUGGUCUGACCAGACAAAAAUGCUAUCCUGUCUUAGUCUGCAGUUCUCUUGCGGGAGCCUUCGUCUGUCAUUGCGAAGAUAUGUUUCAGGCUUAUAGGCUGGCUACAAAAGAUACAUAGCAAAGAACACAUAUAUCACUGUUUCUGUUAUAACCGUCUGUAGCAAAUGAAAUGGUAAUUCGCGCACUUGCAUUUUUUUCUGCACUCUUUAACUGUGCCAUUUCAUAUAUAUGUAGGACACUAUAUAGUAAAAAUAAACUACACAUAUAUGGUCAGUUAGGGACUAGAACAUUCUUGUCACUAUAGACUAAAUCAGAAGUGACACAAGACGAACUUAGUAUAAGACAUUAUCACAAAGAAAUUUCAACAGCAGUGCGACCUUUGUGUCUGCCUGUUUAUUCUACAAGAGUUUUGACACUGCAUUUCAUCAUCAGGGAUGCAUUAUUUCCCUAUUGACAUUAGUAUCUUAUUAAUUAUUGAAUUUUCCAAGAGUCUGAAGUAAAUAAUUAAAAAGAAUUCUAUAAACACUGUUUCAGUAUCAGCGAGUACAUUAUCUACAACAGGACCACAGACAUCUAGGCUGUUAACUAUUAAAUUUUCCAAGAAAUUUCUCAUAAUGCUAACCUCACCAAUGUUUUAUUCUUGGAGGAAAAUAGGCAACAGACAAUUAACUUGUUAAUUGUUAAAUUUUCCAAGAAAUGUGUGUUAGUAGAUUCCUACCUAUAGAAAUAGUCAAAAGAGUUUUUAGAUCAGUGUUUGUUUCUCAUGGAUACUUUAUUUACAUAACAGCGAAAACAAUCAGUUUUUCCAAAGAAGUGUCUCAUAAUGUGUACAAACUUUACAAAAAGACAAAUGCAAUGAGUUUCAGGAUCAAUGUUUCAUCCUGGGAGGGAGACAUUAUUUCCAUAGAAAAGCAAACAACUGAGAUCUCAAUCAUUAGAUUUUCCAAGAUAUGUUUGAUAACAGACUCUACCCUUACAAUAAAUAAUGCAAAGAGUUUAGAGACGACUGUCCCAUACUCGAUGGAUGCAUUACUUGCAAAUGAGCACAAAUAAAUAUGCUGUUAAUAACUAGACUUUUCAAAAAAUGUCUGAUAAGACUUAAACAUAACAGUAAGUAAUGGAAAACACUUAGUUGUAAUUUUCUUCUUCGUCAGGAAAUACAUGGCAGUCAUUCUUUCCAUCAAAAUACAGAAAAUAAUAAAAUUCCGAAAUAUUAUAUUUUUUACAGAAAUGAUAAAAAUGAAUGCUACUCCAGUAAAGAAUUCUUAAAUUACAUGUGUUGGCAUUAUCUUCAGCAGACAGUUUCAAAGUAGUUGAGUAAAGUUUAUUCCUGAAGUAUUUUAUGUUCACGAAGCACAUUCAUUAAAUUGAGACAUAAAUGAGCAUUAUUUUUCACAAGAAAUGAAGUCUCCGUGACGGUAUUUUUGCUCUGAUUUUGCAUAAAGAAUGUAACCACACAAUUAAGUGUUCAGUUUUGCAACAAUCUAUUAAGGAUACUCUCUUCCAUAAUAGAUACUCUCUUCCACAGUACAGUGCUCUGUCAUUUAAUAAGUAACUAUCAUCAGUAUAGUCAGUUUCAUUAGCGUAUUGCAAUUGGACAGACCACUUAUAAACUUGCUACUUAACCUAUUCAUUCAGAAAAAUCGUUUCAAGACAGUUGGCUCAUGUUGUAAUGUGCAAACGUUUCUAGUGAACCAGAUGAAAAAAAAUGUUAAGAGGUGUAGUUUUUUACAAGCUAAUGCGAUGUACUCUAAGGACGAGACACUGUCCCUUCCUAAGGAAACACUGUAAGUUGAUUCGAUCAUUUCAUACACUUAAAUCGCUGUGGUAUCGUAUUUAACAACUUGUUUCCUACUUACCUAUUUGGCGAAACAGUUUGAAAACUGCAUAGGCUUAAAAACUAUUUUUCAUUACUUUUAUAGGGUAAUACAUUAAUGUUGAAGGUUUUGGGUAUUUAAUCCAUGUCUGACCUUACACUGUUUCUUUCCUGCGGAGUUCUCACAUAGUUUGAGUUCAGCAUAAACUAGAACUCUGAAAACAAGUGUACUAGGACUUAAAAGUAAUUCAAAUUAUCAUUAUAAACAAAAAUAUUAUCUGAGGUAACUAUCAAAGCACCUGUUCAUUAUGUACUAACUGCAUCUCCAUUGAUUGUAUAUCCUUUCUGUCUUAUUCUUAAACAUGUAAUGUAUCUUAAGUGAGCCCUUGA